GUAUCCUGUUUUUUCUAUUUUUUUUUCCUUCUUUCUUCUUUCUUCAAUGAGUCGAAUUGAUCUGUGUGGUGAGCAUAAGUUCAACUAGGUCAAGGUACAUGACUGUGACGCUAACACCAAUGAUCCCAGAUGAGUCGAAGUACCAUUAGCAAUCAUUGAUUUUUCUUCUGGUAAGCUCUGCUCGAGGCGCAUUGUAUCAUCUGCUCAGGUACUGAUGUUUGCCUACUUGUCAAAGCGCCAUAGAAUAAACAAAGGGUCUAUACACCGCAUCAACGACCUUUCCCAGCCAGACAAGUUCCUCAUCGUUAAGUAAGACCCUUAUAACACGAGUAUCAAACUACUUAUUACGUAUGUUACGGCUAACACUUGAGGACUUCCAGUUUCAGCAGGCCUUUCAAACCCCGGACCAGCAAUCACCAUGCCCAGACCUGUCGCCAUCUCCGAACCAAUGCGCGGAGCACUCCUGGAGUGCUUCCGCGCCGCCACCCGCCUAAAGACUGAGGACGUGGAUGUUGCCGCCCCUUCCGCCGCAUUAAUCGACAUCUGGAAGGGAGUUUCGGACGGCGCUCUCAACUUCUCCAUCGAAUCCGACGGCAAGAUAGCGUUCGACGCUCCGCAAGGCUUCCGUGUCCGACUUAACAUCAUCGAAAUCGGAAGCGGGUGCAUCCAUCGCAUCCACGUGACGGAGCCUUUUCACGAAGGUUCCGUUGCGUCCAUGUCGGAUUUGUUGUUGAUGAGGGCCGUGACGGUGGUUGAUCGGGGAGGAGAUGGCGACAGGCUGGACUUCCAGUGGUUGCUGGAAGGGGUGUUUCAAAAGCUCGAACAAUUCCCCAGAAUUGAUGAUGAGGAGCUUCACUGGCUGGCAAAGGCCGCAGAAGCGGUGUAUGGGCCUAUCGGCUAUCUUGGGAUAGCUUCUUGCAUUGCUACUACCAACGAGGCUGCCGCGUUGGCGCUUCUUCAUAAAGGCAAGAAAUCAUCUCAAGUACAUGUAGCCAAACGGCAAUCUUGA